AUUUCUACUUGCUCUCCUAAAAUCAUAGUCCAAUCUCAUCAGAAUUUGAUGAUCAGCAAUACCUCCUCCACAAGUACGCUACCUUAAAACUUACCCCAUCAACGGGGGACUUUCUUGCCUUGACGUUAUACUCCCUGCCAAUCAACUGCAUUUCAAAUCUCAGAGGGGAAAUGCUCUGAAAAGGAUAAGGCAAGAGCAACAGCAAACGUAGAAGAUGGCAAGCUUCACCUCCACAAUUUGUACGGGGGCGACUUCCUUCUCUUCUCGCCUUUGCAUUCCUCCUGCGGCACUCCUCCAUUUUUGGCGCCGUCGCCAUACAUUUAGCAGCUAUCGUCCAGCACCUUUAAAACUGUCGCAUUUUUUAGGGGCUUCAAAGAUCUCUCUUCCGACUGUCAAACCGAAAUUUAUUGGUUGGAGAAGCGUCUGCACAAGAGCCGAUGGCAGGAGCGAUCAAAUUUGCGAAGCAGAGCAAGUCCAGCGGUCACACGCAGCUGGCGGGACCGUGGGAAAGUUUCAGAAGAGGCUUCGGAUUGCGGAUAUUAAAGCCGGUCCCGCGCAAGGCCUGGAGCGCGUUGGCCAGUGCCUUUCUGUACGGGGAUGGGUUAGAACAUGCCGCGUGCAAAGGUCUAUCACAUUCAUCGAGGUGAACGAUGGAUCCUGUUUAUCAAAUUUACAAUGUGUGACAGCUUCUGAUGUUGAGGGAUUUGACAAGGUGCAUUCAGGCUUAAUCACGACUGGCACAUCUGUUUUAAUAGAUGGGGUUUUGGUAGCUAGUGAAGGUUCUAAGCAGAAGAUAGAAUUGAAGGCCACGAAACUAGUUUUGAUUGGGAGCAGUGAUCCUGCUACAUUUCCUGUGCAAAAGAAGAAGACAACCAAAGAAUAUCUCAGAAGUGUAGCACACAUGCGUCCUCGGACAAAUACAUUUGGUGCAGUAGCCAGAGUGAGGAAUGCUCUUGCAUAUGCCACACACAAGUAUUUCCAGGACAUGGGCUUUGUUUGGGUUGCUAGUCCAAUAAUCACUGGUUCAGACUGUGAAGGUGCUGGGCAGCAAUUUUGUGUUACAACUUUGCUCCCGUUUUCUCAGGAGGAUGUUGGUUCUCCAGUCAGCAAGAUCCCCAGCACAAAGGAUGGUUCAAUUGAUUGGUCAAAGGAUUUUUUUGGAAAACCAACGUUUUUGACAGUUUCUGGGCAGCUAAAUGGAGAAACCUAUGCAUCUGCUCUAUGUGAUGUAUACACAUUCGGUCCUACAUUUCGAGCUGAAAAUUCAAACACUUCACGUCAUUUGGCAGAGUUUUGGAUGAUUGAACCAGAGCUUGCUUUUGCUAAUUUGAAUGAUGAUAUGGCUUGUGCAACUGCGUAUCUCCAGUACGUCUUGAGAUACAUUUUGGAUAACUGCAAAGAAGAUAUGGAAUUCUUUAAUACGUGGAUUGAGAAAGGGAUAAUUGCUCGAUUAAAUAAUGUAGUGGAAAAGGAGUUUGUGCAAUUGACUUAUACUGAUGCUGUUGAACUCCUUUUGAAAGCAAAGAAGCAAUUUCAAUUCCCAGUAAAGUGGGGAUGUGAUUUGCAAAGUGAGCACGAGCGUUACAUAACGGAGGAAGCCUUUUUGGGUUCACCAGUUAUCAUAACUGAUUAUCCCAAAGAUAUUAAGGCUUUCUAUAUGCGACAAAAUGCUGAUGGGAAGACCGUAGCAGCAAUGGAUGUUUUAGUUCCAAAGGUAGGUGAGCUGAUUGGUGGAAGCCAACGUGAGGAGCGCCUUGAAUUAUUAGAGUCUCGAAUGGAAGAGUUAGGGCUGGACAAGGAAACCUACUGGUGGUAUCUUGAUUUAAGGCGUUAUGGUUCAGUUCCACAUGCGGGAUUUGGCUUAGGUUUUGAGAGGCUUGUUCAAUUUGCAACUGGAAUGGAUAAUAUUCGAGAUGUUAUCCCAUUCCCCAGGACUCCAGGUUCUGCAGAGUUUUAGUUUCAAAUUAGAAUUCUUAUAGCUGAAAUUGAAUAUGCUUCUAGAUUCUAUUCUCAUGGUAGAAGUUUUGUUUUCUCUAUAGACUUGCACAAUUUUCUUUGUGCAUAACGAAAGAAAAAUGAUUCGUCCACAAACAGUUUAAUUUAUUCUUUCGGACAAGAGUCCCAACUUCUCAAGUGCAAAUGAUUUUGAAGUCUUUUCUGGGAAAAGAGAAAUUGUAUAAGGGGUAAAUUUGUAAAGAGUGCCUCGUUGAGUUAUUUGUUCUCCUGAAGCAAUAGGUGGAUAUAAGUUGAAUUGUUAUGAGUUUAUUGUAUGCCAGAAAACAGAUAUAAUCUGCAAUCAUCACGGUGAUGCCUGUUGAAAGGGAGGAGUAUGCAUCCCCAUGUAAAUGUUAAUGUCGAUAAAAUAACCGUGCUUCCUUAACAUA